GCGGCGUGCGGCCGCUCUCCUCGGCUCCGGGAUGAUCGGCCAGAAGACCCUCUACUCCUUUUUUUCUCCCACCCCCGCCGGGAAGCGACGUGCCCGCAGUCCCGAGCCGGCCGACCCGGGGACCGGCGUGGCGGCGGUGGCUGAGGAAAGCGGGGAUGCGGCGGCAAGUCCCCCCAAGAAGGCCCGGGCCGGGCAGGAGGACCCCAGCACGCCGCCCUCCUCGCCGCUGAGCCCCGAGCAGUUGAUCCGUAUCCAGAGAAACAAGGCCGCCGCCCUGCUCAGACUCGCCGCGCGCAACGUGCCAGUGGGUUUCGGUGAGAGUUGGAAGAAACCGCUCAGCGCGGAGUUCGGGAAACCGUAUUUCAUCAAGCUAAUGGGAUUUGUCGCGGAAGAAAGAAAACAUUACACUGUUUAUCCACCCCCACACCAAGUCUUCACGUGGACCCAGAUGUGUGACAUAAGACAUGUGAAGGUUGUCAUCCUGGGACAGGAUCCGUAUCAUGGACCCAACCAAGCCCAUGGGCUCUGCUUUAGUGUUCAAAGACCUGUUCCACCGCCACCCAGUUUGGAGAACAUUUAUAAAGAGCUGUCUACAGACAUAGAGGGUUUCGUUCAUCCUGGUCACGGAGAUUUAUCCGGGUGGGCCAAGCAAGGUGUUCUCUUACUCAAUGCUGUCCUCACCGUCCGGGCACAUCAGGCUAAUUCUCACAAGGAGAGAGGUUGGGAGCAGUUCACUGAUGCGGUUGUAUCCUGGCUAAAUCAGAACUCCAGUGGCCUGGUCUUUUUGCUCUGGGGCUCUUACGCUCAGAAGAAAGGCAGUGCCAUUGACAGGAAACGCCACCACGUGCUGCAGACAGCCCACCCCUCCCCAUUGUCGGUGUACAGAGGGUUCUUUGGAUGUAGACAUUUCUCUAAAACCAAUGAGCUGCUGCAGAAGUCUGGCAAGGAGCCCAUCAACUGGAAGGACCUGUGACUCUGACCUGGGCAGUUUUCUGGAAGCUAUCAAAGUAUUUGCCAGGAGUGACCGCAUGACCCAGACAGAAGCCUCCAGGGCUCUCUACCCUGGCUGGGACUAUAUGGCUCUCUUUGCAACAUGACUUUGGCCUAAAACCUGCUGUCACGGUGUUUGGGAGAGGGUGGGGGGUCAAAUACAGAGACAACUUCUGUCACCUUAUGGGAGAAGGGGACAGGGGACAGAAGCACCUCUUGGUACAGUCGGCUGCUGUUUGUUUUUACCUGGUGGGUUAGACUUUAGGUUAAGGGUGUCGGGUGUU